UUCACUUUUCCUUGCCCCUCUCCUUCUCCUUUGCCUCUCUUUUCACUUCUCUUCUUACUCUCUAAUCAACCUCUUCAUUACAGGGUUUGCUUUGCCAAGAGAAACGAUGAAACCUUUUAAUCUUAGGUUUUGUUUGACGAACACCACAGCGUGACGCAAAUUUGAGUAAAAGGGGCCAGAUUCUUGGAAAGAAAAGAAUUUCAAGAUUUGUAGGUAAAAAAAACGUAUUCUGGUUUACUUUUUAAUUCGUACGACGGCGAAGGAAAAUGAGCGCCUCCAAAUUCAUUAAGUGUGUCACAGUUGGCGAUGGCGCCGUCGGCAAGACAUGUCUGCUGAUUUCUUACACUAGCAAUACUUUCCCUACGGACUACGUCCCCACAGUUUUCGACAAUUUCAGUGCAAAUAUUGUCGUGGAUGGUAGUAUCGUCAACAUAGGUUUAUGGGAUACUGCUGGUCAGGAAGAUUACAAUAGAUUAAGACCGUUGAGCUAUCGCGGGGCCGAUGUGUUUAUCCUUGCAUUUUCUCUCAUCAGCAAGGCCAGCUAUGAAAAUGUCGCCAAGAAGUGGAUUCCUGAAUUGAAGCAUUAUGCACCUGGUGUUCCGACAAUUCUGGUGGGAACUAAGCUUGAUCUCCGGGAUGACGAGCAAUACUUUAUAGACCAUCCUGCUGCAACACCCAUAUCUACAGCUCAGGGAGAGGAGAUGAAGAAACAGAUAGGGGCUCCUGCCUACAUCGAGUGUAGUUCAAAAACACAGCAGAAUGUGAAGGCAGUCUUUGAUGCAGCCAUUAAGGUAGUACUCCAGCCUCCAAAGCAAAAUAAGAAUAAAUCAAAUGGUAUUUGCUCGGUAUUGUGAUCAAUGGAAGAUUCAACUCCGACAUUGCUGAAUCGAACUGCCAGCUGCAUUUCUCUAUCACUGUCACCCUUUUGAAGCAGCAGAAGCCAUCAUGUAUAGUCCGAAGUCUUGACUAAUUUCCAUGAUAGCUUCAGGUGGUUUGUUUUCUGUUUUACUAUCUUCUUGUCCAUGAUAUGUCAAAUUGGCAAGCAUUUCAUGUUAACAUUCAUGCCUCAUUUGUUUAUGUUUAAGCAUCCACUCGUAGUAUAAACUGGAUGCGAGGGAGAUCCUAAUAAGAAAUAGCCAUGUUCUUGCAUGAUGUUUAAUUCUAAGCAAUUUGAUUAAAUGAUAUUGCAUUGUUGAAUAUUGAGGCCACAA